AAGGAGAAUUAUCGGAAAGAAAACAGUCAAGAAGCGCUUGCAAAUACACUACUCGGCACCCUGCAUAAAGAUAAUUCAUAGGUAGAGUGGAAAGAUAGAAGAAGAAGAAGAGCCGAGCAAGUACCCAGCUGGCUUGGCAUUAGAUAUUUUUGCAUAGAAGAAAUGGCCCCAGCCCUAUCUCUUAGGCCCUGUAUCUCUGCUUCUUCUAGUAAUUGGAGCCAGCCAAAAAUGCAUGCUAAUCCUUUCAUCGCAAACAUUAAAAUCCAUCGAAGAUUGGAAGUAGUGUCUAUGGGUAUGUUGUCUCCUAGAAAGUUUUUGCAAAAGAGAAGGAAAGUGGAAGUAUUUAAAGAUGCGUCCGAUGAGGCUGAUCAGAAGAAUUGGAGGAGACUGAUGAAGCAAAUCGAGGAUACAGGUUCUGCAGUUUCUGUGCUUAGAAGGGAGAGAAUCAAGAAAGAUGGUCUUCCUAGAGACCUGGUUUUGGGCACAUUAGUUAGGUUUAAGCAGCUAAAGAAAUGGGAUCUUGUUAGUGAGAUUUUAGAAUGGCUUCAGUCACAGCAUUGGUGGGACUUCAACGAAAUGGAUUUCCUUAUGCUUAUCACUGCUUAUGGAAAGCUAGGGGAUUUCAAUGGGGCUGAAAUGGUUUUGAGAUCUAUGAAUGGGAAUGGUUAUGUGCCAAAUGUUGUAUCACACACUGCACUUAUGGAGGCAUAUGGAAGAGGAGGCCGAUAUAACAAUGCUGAAGCCAUCUUUCGGAGGAUGCAGACCUCAGGCCCUGAGCCCUCCGCUUUGACGUAUCAAAUAAUACUAAAAACAUUUGUUGAGGGAAACAAAUUUAAGGAAGCUGAAGAAGUUUUUGAGACUCUUCUCAAUAAAGAAAAAUCACCUUUGGAACCAGAUCAAAAAAUGUUCCAUAUGAUGAUAUAUAUGCAGAAAAAGGCUGGGAAUUAUGAAAAGGCUCGUAAAGUAUUUGCGCUGAUGGCUGAGCGAGGAGUUCCACAAUCCACUGUUACUUAUAACAGUCUAAUGUCAUUUGAAACUAAUUAUAAGGAGGUUUCGAAGAUCUAUGACCAGAUGCAAAGAUCUGGCCUUCGACCUGAUGUUGUGAGCUACGCAUUGCUCAUUAAAGCUUAUGGGAGAGCUCGAAGGGAAGAAGAAGCUUUAGCUGUUUUUGAAGAGAUGCUGGAUGCUGGUGUCAGGCCAAGCCACAAAGCUUAUAACAUCUUGCUCGAUGCAUUUGCUAUCUCCGGAAUGGUGGAGCAAGCUCGGGUGGUGUUCAAGAGCAUGAGAAGAGACAGAUGCACCCCAGAUCUUUGCUCUUAUACAACGAUGUUAUCAGCAUAUGUGAAUGCUUCUGAUAUGGAGGGUGCUGAAAAUUUCUUCAAAAGACUGAGACAGGAUGGUCUUAAACCCAAUGUCGUCACUUAUGGGGCACUGAUCAAAGGGCAUGCCAAGGUAAAUAAUCUUGAAAAGAUGAUGGAAAUAUAUGAAGAAAUGCAGUUAAACUGUAUCAAAGCAAACCAGACAAUUCUCACUACAAUAAUGGACGCAUAUGGUAAGAACAAGGAUUUUGGCAGUGCUGUUAUUUGGUACAAGGAAAUGGAGCAUCAUGGGGUCCCUCCUGACCAGAAGGCACAGAACAUUCUUCUAUCUCUGGCCAAGACACAGGAUGAACUAAAGGAAGCCAGUCAACUUGUAGGAUAUCCAGAUGAUUGUGGUAUACAAAUCAUUAACGGGGCUUCUAGGUUUGCAGAUGAGGAUGGCAGUGAUGAUGAAACAGAUGAUGAGGAUGACUAUGAUGAAGCUGACAAGAAUGAUGACGAGGAUGAUUGUGAUGGAGUGGAUGAUACAGCGAAGACAGUUUCAUGCAGUAAAGAGUGCGAAGACUUGAUAUUUCUUGAUGGGGAUAAUCAACAUAACUUGGAAGCACUACAUGCUCUUACUGUCAUUGAUUUGUAAUUCGUGGACAGUUUUCGGCUGUGAAAUAUGUUUAGGUAACAUAAUCAGCUAGAGUUGCUUCAUGGCAAAUCAAUUUUUUUGUGUAUUUUAUUCUUAUCAAAUCUUUUUCUUUUUUAUUACAAA